UAGAUAAACAAACCCUGCCAGCCCCUUCAUCAUUCAACGCACCUCUUUGUUAAUCUCGCCCCAAUUUCACAGAUAUUUCUCCACUCCGCAAAUCUCUCUUUUCAGUCUAAGAACCAUGGUCCUACAACUAUGGGACACCAUCAAAGAUUCAAUCACAGCAUACACAGGUCUAUCUCCUGCUACUUUCUUCACAGUUGUUGCUUUGGCUCUUGCUUUCUACUAUGUUGUCUCGGGUUUGUUCGGUUCAUCUGACCAUGGUCACCACCAAAGGUCAAGAGAUUUUGAGGAACAGAUGCAGCCUUUGCCCCCUCCUGUUCAACUUGGAGAAAUUACUGAAGAAGAGUUGAAAGAGUAUGAUGGGUCUGAUCCCAAGAAGCCUCUUUUAAUGGCUAUUAAGGCUCAGAUCUAUGAUGUUUCUCAAAGCAGAAUGUUCUAUGGACCUGGGGGACCUUAUGCAUUGUUUGCUGGAAAGGAUGCUAGUAGAGCUCUUGCCAAGAUGUCCUUUGAGGAAAAAGAUCUCACCGGGGAUAUCUCUGGCCUUGGUCCUUUUGAGCUUGAGGCCUUACAAGAUUGGGAAUACAAAUUCAUGAGCAAAUAUGUCAAAGUUGGGACUAUCAAGCAGGCAGUGCCAGUAACUGAGGGGGCAGCUAACGGCGAAUCUGUUGAAGCAACUGAUCGUGAAGCUAAGCCAGCCGAGGAUGGUGCAUCAGCGAGUGCCAAGCCGUUGGAAGAUGAUGUUCCAUCAGAGAGUGUUGUUGCUGAAACUGUGGACAAAUCUGAUGUUGAUGUCGACAAGAAGGAUUAAUGGUGACGCUAGUAAAAGCUGAGAACCAGAGGGAACUGUGCUUGUGGAGAUCAAAAAAAAUAUGACAUGGUGUAUUUGUUUAUUAUCUUGUGUCACAUGAGGCUCCUUGGCAGUCAAGGUAGUUUAAAUGUCUAAAUUGUUGUAUGAAAUAAUGAAGAAAGCAUUUUACUUCCUGUUUUUAUAGGUGUUUUAUUGAUGUAAUACUUGAUUAUGGUGGAAAGACCUCUUUAUCUCAAAGCAGUGCAUCUCUAAAUGUUGCAGGUGCGGUAGCCGCAUGAUGAAUAAUAUGUCUCAUCUCUUUCCGCCCUUA